AGGCGUGCGCAGUAAAACCGCCGGCGUGCGCGGCCAGGCCGCAGUCCUGCGCCAACCCGCGCCGCGAACACUGCCGCAGGCCCGCACGACACGACACACCGCGCCACGCCACGUCACGCCGCAUCGCGACGCAGCAGGACCACCGCAACAGAAACCAUGUGCGAGAGCAACAACAGCGUGGAGGCGGCCAUGCACGUGGCGCCGCUGGAGCUCAGCGACAACCGCCGACAACAGCAGAUUGAAGCUGCAUUGUGUGAGCUCCAGUUCACAAUGGAAACUGUGAAGAAAAUAGGGCAAGUCUUUGAAAGUGAGCUUGAAAAGGGAAUACAUGAGGAACCAUCUUCUCUUCAGAUGGAAAAUACAUACAUACCAGAACUUCCUGAUGGAACGGAAAAAGGGAAGUUUUUAGCCCUGGACUUGGGAGGAACUAAUUUUCGUGUAAUUCUUCUUGAACUGGAUAAUGGUAAAGUCACUGAUGAAAAGGUCAAGCACUACCAUCUUGAUGAUGAAUUAAAAGUAGGAUGUGGUGACAGACUAUUUGGGUUUCUGGCAGAAUGCAUAAGUGAUUUCGUAAAAGAACAAAAUUUGACUGGAGCAAGACUACCAUUGGGUUUCACAUUCUCAUUCCCAAUGAUACAAAAAGCACUUGAUGUUGGAAUUCUUGUGACAUGGACAAAGACAUUCAACUGCCCUUCAGUUGUUGGAAAAGAUGCAGUCCAAAUGCUGAAGGAUGCCAUUCACAGACGUGGUGAUACACAUGUUGAAGUUUUAGCAGUUCUUAAUGACACAACAGGAACCUUGGUACAAGGUGCUGUGCUGGACAACAGAACUGCCAUUGGGCUAAUCCUUGGCACUGGCAGCAAUGCUUGCUAUUUGGAAAGAGCAGACAGAGUUCAGCACUGGGAGGGCCAACGACAUGGAGAGAAACAGGUAAUCAUUGAUAUUGAAUGGGGUGCCUUUGGUGACAAUGGAGUCCUUGAUUUCAUUAAAACUGAUUAUGACCGUGAGGUGGACAAGAAUUCUCUUCUUGCAACAUCAUUCACGUUUGAAAAAUAUAUUAGUGGAAAGUACCUAGGAGAGAUUGUAAGAGUCAUAUUGGUACGACUAACUGCAAGUGGACUCCUCUUCGAUGGAAUAGCUUCCAAAAAGCUUCUAAGCCAAAACUCAUUUCCAACCAGCUAUGUGUCCCAAAUUGAGCAGGACACGGUAGAUGGAGGAAACAAGAAUACAGAAGAUAUUCUGGACAAAUUCAACUUGCAGUAUACCACAGAAGACAUUGCAGUUGUUAAGUAUGUCUGUGAAGUUGUAUCAAACAGAUCAGCUCUUCUGGUCUCAAUUUGUUUAUCAAGACUGCUCAUAAGAAUGGACAGACCAGAUACAACUAUUGCAGUAGAUGGAUCUCUGUUUAAACACCACCCUAGGCUGAAAACAUGGAUGAACAAAUACAUUCAGCUGUUAGCACCUGGCAAAAAGUUCCGCCUGCUUCUUGCUGAAGAUGGCAGCGGUAAAGGUGCUGGAAUAGUGGCCGCAAUUGCUCUUCGGUUGAAAGAGAGGUUUCAAGAAACAUGACUAAAGUCAGAUCCAACUGAAAUGAGCAAAUACUGAAUAAUGUACACCGAAAUAUAUUUUGAGAAGGGCCAGCUGGCUUGCUUCACUAUAUGCAGUAAUGAAAAAGAAAAAAAUACAGAAUGUAGUGAGCAAUGGUUGACUCAUUAUUAACAAUGAUAUUUCAGAACACUAUGAAGAUGCUACUGAACUCUUGGAAGCAAGCUGACCACAAAUUUCAGAACUUCAAUGAAGUUACUUUUCAGGAACUUUGAAUAACUGUGAUAAAAUGGCCUUUCAAAUACAUGUUGUGAAACAAUGAUAAUCUUGUAUGACAAGCCUAUUUAUACUCAAGUGAUUUUGUUACAUUUUUCAAUAAAAUGGGAUAUUGUAAUUUUACAAACUGA